AUGCAUGUAUGUAUUAAAGAAAUGAAAAUUAAAGUGAUCAAUUACAUCUCUAUAUUCUUGAACAAUAAUGGAAAUGUGGUAUUUCCUUGCAAUAAAGCAUCUUAUCACUUUAAAGUUCAAAAUCUCACUAAGUUCAAAAACAGCAAUUGA